AUGGAACUCGCAUACAAUAAAAGUUUCCUCUUAUUUGCUAUUAUUAUCAUUGGCAGUCAACUAUUAUAUGUUUAUGCUGAAUCCUCCGCAAUACAAUCGAAUACAAAUUCUAUUGAUUUAAGCAAACGAUAUCGUCUUGAUAAGAAAGAAAUACCAACAUCAAAUGAAAAUAAAAAAUCAAAUGAUGAUGGUAAUGAUGAUCAAACUAAAGAUGAUCAUUUACUAUUAAUGGACAAACGAUACCGUUUUGAUAAACGUUAUCGUUUUGAUAAAAAGCAAUUGGAUAUGGAUAGAAUUAAUAAACGGUAUCGUUUUGAUAAACGUUAUCGAUUUGAUUAA